AUUUGUGGUAAAGAGGCAAAGGCAGAAGAGAGCUUUGCCAAGAGGAGAGGAGAUAAGAUAACAAAGAAAAGAAGAAGAAAAGAAGAACAAUGGCAACAGCAUCAGCAUCUCUCCUCAAGUCAGCUCCAGUGCUCGACAAGUCUGAGUGGGUGAAGGGCCAAACCCUGCGUCAGCCUUCAGUCUCGGUCGUCCGGUGCCACCCCACUGCCCCGUCUGCUCUUACCGUCCGCGCUAGCUCCUAUGCCGACGAGCUCGUCAAGACUGCGAAAACCAUUGCAUCACCAGGGCGUGGAAUUUUGGCCAUGGAUGAGUCAAACGCAACCUGCGGGAAGCGUCUUGCUUCGAUUGGGCUAGAGAACACCGAGGCCAACCGCCAGGCAUACCGUACCCUCCUUGUGUCGGCCCCUGGCCUUGGACAGUACAUCUCUGGUGCCAUCCUCUUUGAGGAGACUCUCUAUCAAUCAACUACUGACGGCAAAAAGAUAAUCGAUGUCCUCAAGGAACAGAACAUCGUCCCCGGUAUCAAAGUCGACAAGGGUUUGGUACCCCUUGCUGGUUCAAACAACGAGUCCUGGUGCCAAGGUCUUGAUGGCCUCGCCUCUCGCUCUGCUGCUUACUACCAACAGGGAGCUCGUUUCGCCAAAUGGCGUACCGUUGUGAGCAUUCCCAACGGCCCAUCAGCUCUUGCAGUGAAGGAAGCUGCCUGGGGUCUUGCCCGCUAUGCUGCUAUCUCCCAAGACAAUGGUUUGGUCCCAAUUGUUGAGCCGGAGAUCUUGCUUGAUGGCGAGCACGGUAUUGACAGGACUUUUGAGGUUGCUAAGGAGGUUUGGGCUGAGGUUUUCUUCUACCUUGCUGAGAACAAUGUCUUUUUUGAGGGUAUCCUCCUCAAGCCUAGCAUGGUUACCCCUGGAGCUGAGUCCAAGGACAAGGCCACCCCUGCCCAAGUUGCCGAUUACACCCUCAGGCUCCUCCACACUAGAAUCCCCCCGGCUGUCCCCGGAAUCAUGUUCUUGUCUGGUGGGCAAUCUGAGGUUGAGGCAACCUUGAACUUGAAUGCCAUGAACCAAGCUCCAAACCCAUGGCAUGUGUCCUUCUCAUACGCCAGAGCCCUUCAGAACACCACUUUGAAGACAUGGGGAGGCAGGCCAGAGAAUGUCAAGGCAGCUCAGGAGGCACUGCUUAUCCGCGCCAAGGCCAACUCACUUGCACAGCUAGGCAAAUACACUGGUGAGGGAGAGUCAGAAGAGGCCAAGAAAGAAUUGUUCGUCAAGGGCUAUGUUUACUAAGCAGUUUGUUUGUUGCCAAAACUAUGUUAAUCAAGAUUGAAGAAGAAGAUGAUGGUGGAGGGAUGGAAACUAAUUUGGUCUUAAAGAUUGAAUGAAAAUUUGUAAUGCUUUAUAGUCCAUGGAAGACUAUUUUUGUUUAUGAUUACAAUGUACUUUUUAGCAGCUUAAUAAACUUGGUUCUGAUGAGUUUAGUUAGUGUGUAGUCAUGAAUGGAAUUCCUUAUCAAUGCUUGAGUUUUGCA